CGCCAGAUUUCUCGCCGACUUUUUCGCCAAGUGUCCAGGUUAAGACCCCAGAUCUACGCUGGGAAGUUUGUGAAACUCUUUGGUGUGCCGCAGCACUUACCGAAGAUCGAAAAUUACGUAGAAAAUGUCGUCCACGCAUACUCGGAUUACGAGCUUCGCAGGAACUUUCGACUGGAAAAAGCCGUGCGCGACGACCUGAUCGCUCGUUUCGUGUCAUCCGAAUUUUGCCCGACAGACGAGCGGCAUUGCGGCGCGAGUCCAAAGUCUGCCGAGGAUCACGUACUUUCUUUCCUGUGGUAUGCUGGAAACAAGACAUGCCUGAGGGACAUCGGAGGACGUUUUAACGCAAGCGACUCAACUAAAUUCGUGAUGGUGCAACGAGUUAUGGAUUUCCUCUGUGACGUUGCUCCUCAGGUAAUCAAGUUUCCUUGGGACAAAGAGGCCCUGGCUGCUGAGUUUGAGGAGAUUGCUGGAUUUCCAGGAGUCAUCGGUUGCAUAGACGGAUCUUACAUAGACACGAAAUGCCCCGCAAACAAAGUAAAGUCUACGUAUAUUAACCGACAUGAUCAGACGUCUCUGAUUCUGCAGGAGGUCUGUGAUACCCGCUACAGGUUUCUAGACGUGUUUGCUGGCCCUUCAAGCAAAAUACACGACGCCCGCAUAUUUCGCUUGUCGUUUCUUUCCGACGAACUGCCGCAACUCUGCGAGACCAGGAAGUGCCACCUGCUCGGGGAUGCUGUAUAUCCCACAAAAGAGUACCUUAUGACUCCGUACAAGGACUAUGGCAGCAUGACCCCCGAGCAGGUGGCGUACAAUAGUCGUCACACCGCUACACGGGUCCGAAUUGAAAAUUCGUUCGGAAUUCUGAAGCAAAGAUUCCGGCAACUCCGAUACUUGGAGUUUCGCGAAGUAAACAGGAUCAGCAAGUUCAUUAUGGCAUGCUGUGUAGUUCAUAACCUCUGUGUCGACAACGGGGACUCUCCCUUCGAGCGGGAGAGUGAAACUGACAGGAGGAAGAGGCUGCGGGAGGAAGCCAAGAGGCUACGACUGCCAGUGGGGGUUGAUGUGCGGGAUGCGGCGCUGCGUCAGCUUGGUUGCAUAAAGCGGAACAGCCUUGCCCAGGCACUUCUGUGA